UCAAUCCAUUCCACUGAUUUUGGAAAGUAGGUACUGGGUGAGAGCAAGAGUCCGCAUAAAACCGUUUUCGGAGCAACUGCACAACAUGGCCAGCGAAGAAAGUUCGACCAUUCCGAAGGACAACCAAGUUACUCCGUCCAACGAAGAACCCGAAACAAUGACUUCUCAAAGGGAUAUUGAAAAAAUGGAAGAGGAGAAACUGAAAGCCCGUUACAACAAUGCCCGACCUGUUACUGGACACUCAGCAUUCUUGCAAAAAAGGCUUGCCAAAGGCCAAAAGUACUUUGACUCUGGAGACUAUCAAAUGGCUAAACAGAAAGGACCAGCUAAGAUACCAAAUGCUGCAGCACCAGCAGCUGCAGCAGUAGUUCCACCUGCCAAUCUUGGACAUCCUACCGGUGAUGCCAUUCCAACUCCGGAAUCUGUCCCCACCAGGAAAACAUCAAUCAUUCAAAGCAAACUGGCAAGUCCUGCCACGUAAAAAAUUUAAGCAACAUCACCUGAAACUCUUCACGUUCGCAGGCAUGAAUUUGGUAUCGGGCAGUUUGUAUACAAGUUUUGGUGUUAUAUCUUCAUGUCGUGUUACGUUUCGGUGUCUGCAAUUCAGUUUUUUUAAAAUCUACUCUUUGGCGCGCUCUUUACUUUUCCGCCUCUCUUUAUAUUUUUUCGCUUGAAAUGAUGAGAAUAACCUGGAGUUCCGUGAAUCGGAAGACGCUAGAUAGACUCCUUUCUCCCGGACAAAAAUGAAAAUACAUACAGUGGCACCACUUCACGAAACAGA